AUGGCAACAAAUAAUGGCAUCACUGAGUCGCAAUAUUUUCACGAGGAUAUAGUGUACAGAGUUGACAAAAAAGGCAACGUUGAAUUCGGUAUUGUGAUGGAGAAUGACGACCAAGAUAUGUCUGACGAGAGUGAGGACAGUGAAGGUGGUCCUAAACGUAAGAAAGGUGAAAUACGUGUUGUCUGGCAUCCUUCUGGAGUUAAAGAGCUCAUUAAUUCAAAAAAGGUUCAUCUAGCAGACAGGUCAUUGAUGCCUGGAGACGUAGUGCGACGUAUGAUCAAAGGUAAAGAUACCCAGAGAGGUUAUUGCCGUGACAUUGAGCUCACAGCUUGUGUUCAGGUAAUUGGGACCAAGCAAGUAUUGACUAACAUCAAAAGCGAAAAUUUAACGCCACUUGAAGAAUUCGGCACGGAUAUUGCAGUCUGCAUGGAUUCCUGGGUCGGAGGAAUCAGAAUGGUCCACUUCAAGCUCUGGUUAGCGACCCCAGACGGUUCUCAAUGUGUGAUAAAUGAAAUGGAUGCUCAAGGACUGGCUCACUUUGAAGAAAAGCGCGACCAUGACAACGAUUUUCCUCAUUCGUCAGAGUUUUAUCCCGGACAAUGUCUGUGGGGACCGAUCCAGUGUCUAGAAGACGCCGAGUGGAUCCAGUGUUCCAAGGAGAUGCUAUCAAAACGUAAAUUUAAACCUCAAAAGAAAACUAAGAUAAUUGUGCAAGAAGUAAAGGCUGACUGGGUCGGCGUGCACUGGCAGUGUCGCGCGUACUCCAAAGACGGCGCGUGGUCGGAUCAGGCCCAGCCGAAAUUUUUAGUCGAGGGUGCGGAUUUAAAAAAGCUCAAGUUGCUCAAUGUCUUUGAGCCUUCAACCCUUCAGGUAGGGGAUCGAGAUUUCUAUGUCUACAAAGGAACUGAAAAUGUGAUAACUCGCGAGCAGUGGCGCAAGCACCAGCGCGAAGUCUUUCAGGUUCCGAAACCUAGUCCGAGAAAGUCAAGAGCCAAAUUUGAGGAUAAGCUAAAGAAAGAUUUAGAAAAUAAAAAUUCACGGGACUCCAGUGUACAAAAUGGGAAUAAUUUAAUGCCUCCUAAUCAUAAUCAAGGAGGCAAUACUGAGAGUUCUGAUGAUUGGGACACUGAAGACACAGGAAGUCAGAGUGAUACUGCGUCGAUGUCCAGCGGAGCUUCUAGUCUUUCUUCAAUGGGGAAAAAAAAGAAAGGCCCGGCGCUGAUGACCAAAGUACUGAAGAAAAAAAAGCUAGUCAAGGCCAAAAAGAGGAUACCUCCGGCGCCUUUGGUUCCUGGGUCAACUAUUGUUGUAGAGACACUGUCGACUAAUACUAAAGCCAACGUUGUCUGGCAAGACGGCUCCGUGGAAUUGGGGAUCCCUUCUACUCAACUUUAUCCGAUCCAUCAUCUUGAUGACAAGGAAUUUUUUCCAGGGGACUUUGUUGUCGAUCAGAAAGAAGAGUCUCGCAUGUAUGGAGUGGUGCAGAGUGUCGACCAUCAAGGACGGACAGCCAAGAUAAAGUGGUUCCGUACCUACACGUCUAGUCAAUCGCCUCAGCCGACUCUUCUAGAGGAGCGAGAAGUUUCGGUUUAUGAUCUGAAAGAUCAUCCAGAUUUUCAGUACCGUCCGGGAACUUUGGUAAUACGAAUUGCUAAUUUUGAAGGCGAGGACGCUGGCUGUACUGCUGGACAGGUGUUAGAUAACUAUCCUGAGGGGUCUGUUAAAGUUUGGUGGGUCGACGGUCACGUGAGUAUGUGCUGGCCGCAGGACUUGUACAAAGUAGGAGAGUACGACAGCGAUGAACGCGAACUUUGGGAUGAAGUUUCUUCAGACGCUUCUUGGGAAACCGAGCUGGAGGAUUGUUUUAUUGCAGACAAUGACGGGACUGAGCAAACGGAGAAUAUAAAACCUAAGCUAGCUGCACAUAUUGAGAAAGCCAGGAUCGCAAUGUCGAGAUUGGAAGAAAUUUUCACCCAGAAUCCAGCUCUGCAGACUACUGAAGUCAUGCGGAAAUUGUUGGAGGUUUACAAAGACUGUCGGUACAUGGAUAAAUUAAUGGGAACUUCCUUCUUCCAUGAGAGUAAUUUUCAGGGACUGUUGGAGCGCGUGAGAGAACGCGGCCGUGCCAAUGUGGCCCAGAGGAUGGCUGAUCAAGUCACUAGACUAUUUACUCAUCAGUCGGGUGGAUCAGAGUCAGAGGACGGGGAUAAUAUUGAAAAUACUGCGGGUGCAUUGGAGAAAAUUGCGACGACCAUACGCGACACGGUUGAAGCCUGCGCUGGGAAUUCUACUGGCAAUCCUCAUCCGACUGAAGACUCGGGACUUUUUUCAGCGGAGCAUUCUAAAAAAGAGUCCGGCUCCAGUGAAUCUAGCGGUGAAUUUCCUCUCGAUGAUCGCUCACCAGCUCCAGGAGAUUUAAGUAUUGAUGAGAAUGGACAAAAACCUCGCGAGACAUUUUCAAAUAGUCAUAUUGCCAACUCUCAUGUCUGCGUUAAAUUAUGUACAUUGAUAAAAGCUCAAUUGUUGUUAGCUCACGCCGAAGUCUCCAAGAGAUUCGGUCUAGCUCGCAUGUCACUGUCCGACGCGGCUAAAAAUGGCUCACCGCUAAAACAAGAUAAAGCUAAAGAAGAAGAAAAAAAAGUUGAAGCAAUUGCUCUGGAUUGUUCAUCAUCGGAUGUUGAAAUUCCACCACUGGUUUAUUCUGAUGGCGAGGGAUUCACGAUAGAAGAAAACGCUCCAGAUAGCCACAAGUUUAAGCUAACAAUGUUCCAGCCAACGGAUCCAGCUAAUUUUUUCCGUACUGUUUCUAAAGAAUUGAAGCUGUUGCGCAGCUCUUUGCCACCCGGCAUCUGGGUCAAAGGUUUUGAAGACCGGAUAGAUUUAUACAGUGUCAUGUUCCGGGGUCCGGAAAAAACUCCCUACGAGGACGGUUUAUUUUUAUUUGACUUUCAAUUAUCUGCUGAUUACCCAACAGCACCGCCGCUCUGUCACUAUAUCUCUUACUGUAGCGAUCGACUGAAUCCGAAUCUCUAUGAAGACGGUAAAGUUUGCGUUAGUCUACUGGGCACUUGGGCUGGCCGUGGAACUGAAGUCUGGACCAGCUCUUCGACACUUCUUCAAGUAAUUGUGUCCAUUCAGGGAUUGAUACUUGUCUCCGAGCCGUACUUUAAUGAAGCUGGCUUUGAAAAGCAGAAGGGCUCACAGCAAGGUCGCGAGAACUCUCGUAUGUACAAUGAAAUGGUGGUACUCAAACUUGUUCAAUCGCAAACAAAAUUACUUCAACAUCCACCGUCGGUUUUUAAAGAUGCCAUUAUUGAACAUUUUACGAAAAAUGCUGAAAAAUUGCUUGAACGACUUGAUAUUUGGAUGGAAAUUUCUGAACAACAUAACAAUCAACAUCCUUUUACUGAGUACGUUAGCAUAAGUGAAACGAAAAAAGAUAUUACGGAUAAAAAUUCCAGCUAG